CAAACCAAACAAGAGUUCUUCCUUCCUCACCACACCACACACACCACACCACAAAAGCAAUUCAAAUUGUUGAUUUUCUCAGAGACUCAUGGGCGUAUGAUCAUCGUUAUUGUUGUCGAGAAUGAAGACGAGGAGUAGGGCGAGAAGUUCAAGCAAUCCAUUCGAAAUCUUUGAAUUCAGCAAAGCAGAAGAGCAGGUCGAGAUCGCCUCCAAGACGAUGUCUCAGAAAUUCAAAAUCCAUAACUCCGAUUCUUCCCCUGUCAACAAAUACAAAUUCCUCCAAUGCUUUGCAAAAGGAGCCAAGACUAAACAAAAGGACUUCAACAAUGAAAUAUUAGAUGUUGAUGCUUGUGAUGAUGCUGUCAAUGAGGUGAUAUCUGUGUCGGAUGCUCAUCCUAAUUAUCUUGAUCCCUGGUGCUCUUUUUCUGGAUCGAACUCCUACACAGCAAGAACCCUAAACCAUGGAGUCACUUCUACUGGCAGCAGACAUUUAGACAGUACUCUAUCUCGGCUUCUGUCUGAUAAUGGGCCAGUUACUAUAAAUUCAGAUGAUGAUGAUGGCAUUGAAUUGAGUUCAUCAACUUCUGCUUGUGAUCUUGCAGAAAAUGAAGGUCCACUUGAGGAACAAUUACUGGAGCAUCGUUUUGGUGGAUGUUUCAUUGACACUACUGUUGUUGUUUCCCCUGAUUAUAUCAUAUAUGGGGAUAUGCACAUUAAUGAAUCUCAGUUAACUUUUUCCUGCUGCUACAUUAAAGUGGAGGGUUCAUCUGCAUGUGGAAUCAAGGUACCAUUUAGCUUUAAAUGGACAGUAGGUGAUAUCAUCAACAUUGAAUCGCAAUGGUGUGGACAGGUUGAAACAGCUGUUGUGAAACUCCAUCUAAAAUCAAAGGAUAUGAAAGCAGCUGAAAAUACUAAUACGAGUUCAGGCAUUGCAGAGUUGAGGUUCGCAGUUUUUGAUCCCAAUUGGUCUGAAAGGGAGGAAGCAAUCAAAUCACUGGAUGUGAGAUACAAAGCCAAAUGGAAUCUCGUUUCUGAUAUUGACACAAGGAGUGAAAGUGCUUGUCUAGGGAACAACAACAUAUUCUUUGAGAAGCAUUACUUUUCCACCCCUGACGAUUCCUUUGAGGAAGUUGUCUAUCCUAAAGGAGAUCCUGAUGCUGUUUCCAUUAGUAAGAGAGACAUUGAGCUGUUACGGCCAGAAACAUUCAUAAAUGAUACUAUCAUUGACUUCUAUAUAAAAUAUUUAAAGAACAAAAUCAAACCCGAGGAAAAGAAUAGGUUCCACUUUUUUAAUAGUUUUUUCUUUCGGAAGCUGGCUGAUCUAGAUAGAGGUCCAUCUAGAGCUUGUAAAGGCAGGGCUGCUUUUCAACGUGUCCAUAAAUGGACAAGGAAGGACAUUGCUCUUUUUUGUUAUUACGCUCUGAUAUGGACGGUUUAUCUUGGUUACAGUCUUCACUGGAGUUUGAUUGUCAUUUGCUUUCCUGGGGAUGUGGCUAAUAUUGAAGAUGAAGAUGUCAAAAAAUUGUCGAAGGUACCAUGUAUUUUGCACAUGGAUUCUAUUAAAGGAAGCCACAGAGGCCUCAAGAAUCUUAUUCAAAGUUACCUUUGGGAAGAGUGGAAAGAGAGGCAGAAUCGACUAUUAGAAGAUGUUUCUUCAAAAUUUUUGAAUUUACGGUUUGUCCCUCUUGAGCUACCACAGCAAGAAAACUCUUUUGACUGUGGCCUCUUUUUGCUCCAUUAUGUGGAACUUUUUCUGGACAGAGCUCCUGUUGACUUCAGCCCCUUCAAAAUAACCAAGUUCUCCAACUUUGUAAGCGAUCUUAUCUGUUUCACUAGCCUUGAAAUUUAUAUUUGUUAA